GCUCCAUGUCAAACCCCAGCCAUACAAAAUCCAGCAGACCCGGUGACCUGUGCAUGCUGGAUAACUCAGCAAGAAGCAAUGCGCGAGACACUAUGCUAUGGCACAGGGCUGGGUUUCAUAAGCAUCUGGCAACAGCAAGGGGAAGACUUGAAGGACUUCCACGCAAAAGUAUCAAGACGAAUUGGGACAGGUAAAGAGAUCAUGUGUCUUACAUAUGACCACACCGGGGACGAAACUCGUAUUGCAAGUGGAACCCAUGACAGACGGGUUCAAGUAUGGGCAUUUGACUCUAAAGGACCAUUGAUACCGAUCUUCAGUGUUGAGCUGUCCACUACAGUCCCGCACACUGUCCAAUUCAAACAAAUGGCAAGUAGAAACCUAUGGUACUAUCGUCGGUACAAACAAGGCUGGACCUAUGAUGUGAGCAUUGGCAUCAGACAAGUCAAAAUAUACUCACCAAUUUACCAAAGCAGGCAUGCUGCUGUGGACGCCCCUCAAACACUAUUCCUAAUCGACAACGUGGUUAACGGAUUCAGCCUACAUCGUUUGGAAGAUGGAGCCUGCAUCUGUACCUACAAUACCAAUCCAGUGAAGACAUUCCCAAAACAGGUUGUUUUUGGGGACUGGGCUACCCUUGUUGUUGGAGGUAGUGACACAGGAACUAUUCGGAUUUUCGACAAAAAUGAUGGUGCCCUUAAGCAAGUAUUGCAACAUGCAGACAGGGGACGAGUACAAACUGUAAUGGUAAGUUAUUUCAUUGAUCAAAUGAACGUGAAUUUGACCAAGUACAAGACAUACGACAGUCCACAACACAGCCUGAUUUUUGGAGCAACAUCUACCAACGAUGCAGAACCGACCAUCUCCAUCUGGUGUCGCAAACGUGCAAUAUCACCAAGCGACCGUCCUCUGGGGUCAGAGGUCAAGAAUUUUGUACGGGGAAUAAUCCAGCUAGCUAUCGCAAUGGCGAUAAUAGCAUAUGUUAGUAAUAUGGUACGUGAUAUAUGUGAUGCAAAACACACACUGACUCAUUAG